CUCAAGGUACCGGACAAGCGUCGAGUGAUCUUUCUUUCACAUCUCUCUACUCGAAUCCGGACUGUCUUUUCCUUCGUCCCUCCUACGCCAGAGUAACUUCCUUGUCCGCCAUGCGCUCUUCGGUGUUCCUUUGCUCUGCUUCGGUCGCUGUUGUUUGGUCGGCAUCGGCCCUCGCGACCUCGUCAGCACUUUCGUUGGUGCGUCCGUUUGAUGUUCGAGGGGGUGCUACGUCUCACGUCUCUACCAACAGCAACAACAAAACGAGCAAGAAUAAACUUGCGAGGGACCAAGUAACGUCUCAAAAGAUCGGAUCCAGUCCCGCUCGCAGUAGCAUAAAUAGCAAGAGUGCCCUGUUGGUGUCGCCCCCCGCCGUCGGCGAUCUGCGUGGAGGUGACGCUUCAAAGGGAGGUACCGCCUCCAUUCCCAAUGAAGUCUUCAAUCUCGUAAAGUCCAUUGUCGGUGCCGGUGUUCUCAGCUUACCAUAUGGUGUAGCCGUCUUUGGCAACGCACCUUCGGCGCUCAUCCCAGCGUUGGCCCUCGUUGCUCUCAUGGGUAGUCUCAGUGCGUACACCUUUGGUCUCAUUGGCCGUGUAUGCCAACGCACUAACACCAGCUCAUACGCAGCUGCAUGGGACAAGACGGUUGGAACUUCGUCCUCGUGGCUGAUCGCAUUCUCAUGCUUCAUCGACUGCUUUGCUGGAAAUCUGUCUUACUCCAUGAUUCUCGCCGACACUUUCGUCAACCUGCUGGCCUCAGCCGGAGUUGCCGUCACCCGUACACAGUCGCUUCUCGGUGUCACGGGCGCGGUUCUUUUGCCCCUCUGUUUGCUCAAAAAUCUGUCCAGUUUGGCACCCUUUUCCCUCGUCGGCAUUAUCGGCAUGCUUUACACUACUCUAGCCAUGGGAUUCCGAUAUUUUGGUGGCACCUACGCCCCCGAAGGCAUCUACUACACCACACAACUCGCCACCCCCAUCUUCGGGACGGCGGGAGCGGCUGCUGCGCUGACCCCUAAAGCACUCAUCCUCGCUUGCAUGCUCUCCAACGCCUUUAUCGCACACUUUUUGGCCCCCAAUUUGCUUGCAGAUCUAAAGAACAAUACAAUGCGCCGCUUCCACACCAUGAUUGCUUGGAGUUUUGGAACUGCUGUGGCUAUAUACGGAGCCAUAACGGCUUUUGGCUUUUUGACGUUCGGUGCCGCAUCGAACGGGCUCAUUUUGAAUAACUACGCCGCCACGGAUGUCGUUGCCAGCCUCAGUCGAAUCGCCGUGGCUGUUUCCAUUACCUGCUCGUAUCCGCUCUUGUUUGUCGGAACCCGGGACGGUAUUCUCGAUUUGUUCAAGGUGGACGAAAGCAAACGCUCUCAGGCAGGCCUUCUCAACAAGGUUACUCUGGCCUUGUUGGGUGUUGUGACAGUGGCCGCUUCGCAAUUGACCGAUCUGGGUUUGGUGGCUAGUGUUGGUGGCGCCACCUUUGGUACUGCCUUGGUAUUUGUUUAUCCCGUCAUUAUGUUUCUGAAAUCUCAAACCAAGCGUACCAAGGAAACCUUACCGGCCGCCACCAUUGGCGUUCUUGGGGUCGCCAUGGGUGCCAUUGGCACUGUGCUAAGCUUACGGGGAGCCGAGCUCUAA